CAGAUCCCACGUCUCUCUCUCUCUCUCUCUCUCUCUCUGGUGUUCCUAAAAGAGCGAGCAGAGUCGGGGAAGAGAAGGCUUCUAUUCCCCAUUAGCCACCGUCGUUGGUUCUCUCUUUUCCCUACGGCUACAAUUUGCACCCAUGAUAUUGUAAUCGGCGUUCUUGUUCUUUCUCAGAAACAGUUUACAGAUUGAAGGAAGAAUUCGAGAGUUUGAUUUAGAGAUCAAGGAUUUCUGGGAUGGGGAGCUCGGAGGAGAAGGUGGUUGCCGUGAUCAUUGUCGGCGGACCCACCAAAGGUACUCGAUUCAGGCCAGUCUCGUUCAAUACUCCGAAGCCUCUCUUUCCUUUGGCUGGUCAGCCUAUGGUUCACCACCCCAUCUCGGCUUGUAAAAGGAUACCUAAUUUGGCGCAAGUUUUUCUCAUUGGAUUCUACGAGGAGCGAGAAUUCGCACUAUAUGUCUCUUCAAUCUCUAAUGAGCUUAGAGUUCCAAUGAGGUACUUGAAAGAAGACAAACCUCAUGGGUCAGCUGGUGCCCUGUAUUACUUCAGAGAUCUGAUUAUGGAAGAUGAUCCUUCACAUAUUUUUCUGCUGAACUGUGAUGUGUGUUGCAGUUUUCCUCUGCCAGCCAUGCUUGAUGCCCAUAGAAGUUAUGGUGGGAUGGGCACAUUGUUAGUUAUCAAGGUUUCUGCUGAAUCAGCCAACCAGUUUGGUGAGUUGGUCGCUGAUCCAGUCACCAAAGAACUUUUGCAUUACACAGAGAAACCUGAGACUUUUGUAAGCGAUUUAAUCAACUGUGGUGUUUACGUCUUCACUCCAGAAAUUUUCAGUGCCAUUCAGGAUGUCUCCACACACCGUGAAGAUAGAACUAAUUUACAGAGAGUGUUCAGCUUUGAUUCCCUCCAUUCAGUAACCAGGACUGUUCCAGCAGAUUUUGUACGAUUGGAUCAAGAUAUCCUAUCACCUCUUGCUGGAAAGAGGAAAUUAUAUACAUAUGAGACCAUGGACUUCUGGGAACAGAUCAAAACUCCCGGGAUGUCUUUGAAGUGUUCUGCUCUCUACCUGGCUCAAUUUCGGCUUACCUCUCCUAAUCUUCUAGCGAGUGGAGAUGGCACUAGAAGUCCUACAGUAAUUGGCGAUGUUUAUGUUCAUCCAUCUGCAAAAAUACAUCCAACUGCAAAGAUUGGUCCCGAUGUUUCAAUUUCAGCAAAUGUUCGAAUAGCAGCAGGUGUGAGGAUUUUAAAUUGCAUCAUCUUGGAUGAUGUUGAAAUAAAGGAAAAUGCUGUAGCCAUGCAUGCUAUUGUAGGAUGGAAGUCAUCCCUUGGGAAAUGGUCACGGGUCCAGGCAAAAGGAGACUACAAUGCCAAGCUAGGAAUAACUAUUCUCGGAGAGUCUGUGACUGUUGAAGACGAAGUAGUUGUGAUCAACAGCAUUGUUCUCCCAAAUAAGACCCUAAACGUCAGUGUACAGGACGAGAUCAUUUUGUAAGGACAUGGCGCCGUGGUCUCUUGAACUCCCUACAGCCCUGUUUCUUUCCAGUUCUUGUUUCAUGCCAAGUGUAGUUAUCCAUAGAGACAGCAGUAAAUCACACUGUUGAAGUUUUACAGUAAGAAACUAUCUUGUCACCACACUUACAUCUUAUGUUGAGAAAGCUGAUUACUUAUUUAUAUAAACCCAAAUAUGAGUUGAAUGUGAGAA